AUGGUCGUAGCAAGAGCAAUUCUAGUAGCUCGCGGAAUACCCUCGGUUUUCGGCAUGAGCCUCAGUAUCGAGUAUUGGCAUGCACGGACAUGUCAAACAAUUAGCACCAUCAUGAUCAACAUCACCGUGGUCACCGGCCAGAGCAUGAUGGUUGAUGAGGAGGAGGAGUACGAGGAGGAGGCGGAGCAGCAGCAGUUGUCGCUCGGCCUGUCACCUGGGCAGCUGUCUUUGGCCGCCCGAGCAUCUGGACGCCUGCUGACUGUUCUGCCAACAGAAGCAUCGGACCUCUUUAAGGCUCUUCUGGAGCCCUUGUCCAAGCGCGAGGCCAAGGACAGGGAGUUGGUCCUGGUGGCCUGCCGACAACUGGACGCCUCCUUGCGACGUUUGCUGGCGGACACUGACCUCCUCCGUAGUGGUGGAGCGGAAAUUCGUCCUUCCAACAUUGAGGUGCGCCUGCAGAUAUUGUACGGUUUGCCGCUGCACGCCGCUGCGCUGGGAGACAUGGAAUCUUGCAAGGAUCUGGCACGUGUGGUGGAGGCUGGACACUGA